AGGAGGAGAGAGCGGGAGAUGGCCUCGGGGCAAGAGGCAGCACUCGCGCGCUCAGCCUCGCCCCGCAUACGCGAUCACGUGCAGAGGGGCGCUCGUCUUUCACACGGCGACCAACUUCACCAAGCUCCUCCUGAGUCCUCUUCCUUCUCCUCCUCCUCCUUAGUCGUGCAUCGCACGAGCCCAUCCUUCGCGGAACCCAAGGACGCAGUGGGGCUCUAUCAGUAGUCGUGUUUCUCUAUAUUCACGUGCAAACCCAUCGGUAUGUCAACAUCUCAUGAGCUCAGCUUUACUAUCCCUGAGCACUCAUUGUUACAUGUGAUGACGGACGCAAACAUGGACGCCGAGGCAUCCUCUCUCUCGACUGCCUCAACGCCGUUCGACAACCCUGAUACAGACCUGAUUAUCCGGACAUCCGACAACGCCCAGUUCUAUGUCUUGAAAGCCAUCCUUGGGCUCGCCUCGCCAUUCUUCGCCGAUAUGGUGACCUUGCCUGUGGAUACCUGCGGGACGGACUCGAACACAGUCGAGGUCGCAGAAGACAGCGUCGUGUGGGAUUUCAUCUUGCGUGUCUGCUACCCUGUGGCAUGCCCUUCCUCGAUCGCCCCUGAACAGCUCUGGCCUCUGCUCGAGGCUGCGAAGAAGUACGACCUGGUUGGAGUUCGGGAGGCGGUGAGACGGGAGAUGACGACCCCCAGCAUGCUUGGCAAGGAGGCCUUGCGAGUCUACUUGCUCGCGUGCAGUUAUGGGCUCGCUGAUGUCGCGGUCGCUGCGGCCAAAGCGUACAUCUCCCGGCCACCUAACCAAGUGUACGUUCCGGAGCUGCAGUGUACAACAUCCGCCGCCCACUUCAGAUUGUCCCAAUAUCGUCAUGCAUGCCUGCUGCGUAGUGUCACGGAGACAGGUAUGAAAGGGCAGUCUAGUGCGCGGUGUGUCCGUCCGAUAGUGCGAUGCCCCGAAUGUACUCGUUGGGACUCUGCUUACAUGGAUUCUGCCCCUCCUGUGUACCGAUCCGCUUCGUCUCCGUUCGACAACCCAAGCGCGGAUCUCGUCAUCCGGACGUCCGACCAUAUCGAGUUUCAUGUCUUCAAGCUGAUCCUCAGGGAGGCCUCGCCGGUCUUCGCAGACAUGUUCACAUUGCCAGCGACUCCGACAUCCGAUGCCGAUAGCGCCGGAGUUGUCGAUGUCGUCGAGAAGAGCACCAUCUGGGACUACAUCCUCCACGUCUGCUAUCCGGGGCCCGUCCCGUCGUCCACCGUGAUCGCCCCCGAUCAGCUCUGGCCGCUGCUCGAAGCGGCUACGAAGUACAACAUGAAAGGCGUUCGCGACGCCGUCGGCCAGCUCAUGUUGACAGCUCACAUGCUAGAGCGCGAUUCCCUGCGGAUAUACAUGCUCGCAUGUGGCUACGGGUUCCAGGACGUCGCCGUCGCAGCGGCCAGAGCGAGCUUGCGCCGCCCAGCCGACGAACGGAAGUUCAUACCGGAGCUGCGCUGCGCGACGGCAGCUGCCUACCUGAGGCUCCUCCAGUAUCGCAGUGACUGCGUCGAUGCAGCCACGUGUUUUGCUCAUGAUCCUCAUAUAUUCCUGCGGCCCAGGUGGAGAGAAUUUGUAGGAGGUUGGGGUAGGGUCGACUCGUCAUCUACCUCUCGCAAUCAUCCCGAACCUAACCUCAUGAAGCGCUCCGAAGAGGCGCUGAAGUCUUCUCCCCACGGAGGCGUUGUUCUUAACUGGAAGAACCUCGCUGCGACUGUGCAGGAGGCCUCGGUUUGUGGCGCAUGCAGGAAGGAGGAUCAGCCGGACAAUAUCGUUCGGUUCAUGGAAUUCUACGCAUCUGAGAUAGAUGCAGCUAUUGCGAAGGUACGCAGGCCCAGUGUUCCCGCAAUAACAUGUGGGCUAUUGACUGCUGACAUGACGGACUCUGCCUCCACCAAAUGCACGGUCCUCGUCGCUUCAUCGCCGUUCGACAAUCCUGACGCGGAUCUGGUCAUCCGAUCAUCCGAUCACGUCGAAUUCCACGUCCACAAAGCCAUUCUGAAGGAGGCGUCUUCAGUCUUCGCCGAUAUGACCUCCUUGCCAACGACUCCCGACACCGACUCACACGUAGUCCAGGUCACGGAGAGCAGCGUUGGGUGGGAUAUUAUUCUUCGCAUAUGCUAUCCUAUGCCAUCGACAAACCCGAUUGUCCCCGAUCAGUACUGGCCGUUGCUCGAGGCAGCGAAGAAGUAUGACAUGGCGUGCGUGCGCGAGGCUGUGGUAAGGGAGAUGACCACACCUCGCGUACUAGCUCAAGAGACGCUGCGCGUAUACAUGCUCGCAUGCAGCUAUGGAUAUGAGGACGUCGCUCGUGUAGCUGCCAAAGCUAGUCUUUCCCAGACCAUGCUGCACGGCCCGGGGAACUAUGUGCCCGAGCUGCGCUGUGUGACAUCUGCCGCUUACUUCAACCUACUCCAAUACCGCGAGAGGUGCAUUAGCCACGCACCUAGCUCUAGUUCACCUCUACAACUUAGGACUAUGGCCGAUGAUCCCGAUCCCGACAAUGACACCACAACUACCCUGUCCGCCGCGCCGCCGUUCGACAACCGCGACGCAGACUUGAUCAUUCGGACGUCUGAUCGCGUCGACUUCCACGUCUUCAAGCUCAUUCUCAGAGAGGCCUCCCCAGUUCUCUCCGACAUCUUGUCACUUCCGGAGGGAUCUGACGUCGCUCCCGGUACAGUCGAUGUCACCGAGAGCAGCGUCGUGUGGGACCACAUCCUGCGUAUAUGCCACCCAGGUACUGCAUCACCAGCUAUGAUCGCCCCCGAUCACCUCUGGCCGCUGCUCGAGGCGGCCAAGAAGUACGAAAUGACGGCCGUGCGGGAGACUGUGGCAACGGAGAUGUUGACGAAUCGCAUGCUGGACCAGGAGCCCCUGCGAGUGUAUGCACUUGCCUGUGGUUACGGCAUCGAACACGUCGCCAUCGCUGCGGCGAGAGCCAGUCUCCGCCAGAAGUACGAGGAGAUUCCGUACGUCCCGGAGCUGCGCUGCACAACGUCCGCUGCAUAUCAUAGACUGAUCCACUACCGGCGAGACUGCGUAAGAGCAGCCAUGUCCUUUGCGGAGGACCCAAGGCUGUUCUUCCGUGACGGGUGGAAAGACCAAAUCAAGGACUGGCUGCUACGACAUGAAUAUGUCGAUGAGGAGCAUUAUAUAGGAUGUGUCAGCGGAACAAGGUUCAUGUUGGACACUUGGACUUGGAGCAAUCGGUCAUUCCGAGAUGUACUCGGUGACUACAUGGCUCGUUCCACGGAGAUAAUCAAGAUAUUCCCUCACGGCGGUGCACUGCUCGACCCCGUCUUUCUCGCAGCGACGGUGCAUUCCACUUCAAAAUGUAUCGCUUGCAGAAACCGCACACAACCGGUUGAUAUUGUCGAGUUCAUACGGUUCCAUGCAUCCGAGAUCGACGCGGCCAUUGCGAAGGUACAGCUCGUCGUUGAGUCCUGAGCCUGAGGAGAGAAUGGUAGUUAAUCGUGAAGUACUGCAACAAUUCUGUAGUGCGCAUAUAACCUGAAUGGAAUCUAUACUCGUGUUGCGCGCGUUCA